AUGGAGUUCCCUUUCGGCUAUGAGAGACGGGAACGCCCUUCUCGAGCUGCAGCUCCCACAAAGAACAUGAAAGACCCUGAUUCUGAGGAUGAUGACCAGCCUAUCAGGCCCCAAAAAUCGUCUUCAGCAGGAGUCAUCCGUACCGAUAAUGACAACCCCAGUGUCGGCUUUAGCCCUGAUUCGAUCACAGUCAUCUCGGCACAGAGCAGUGCUCCGUCCAUAACAACACUCAACCGACCAUCUUCCCCUAAGAAAAGAAGUAACCCCGAAGCUGACAGCGACUCUCCGACCAAGAAGUCACGCAAGAUAGUGAUCAAGGCUAAGAAGUCCAACCAAGCCGUGAUUCCAGGGCUUUCGCAAGCCGGCACCACACCGCAGCCAGCCUCCGGCAGCAUCCCUGAGAUUGAGGCUAUGCGCAAAUGCCUCAUGUCUUUGGAGAGUCGCAUAAAUCAGGAUGCAGCGGACCGCGACGAGGCUCAGAAAAAGAUUACUCUGAUCGAGCAGAAGUUGCAGGAUGCCCAAGCGGCCAAGACGGAUGAGAAGGACCUCACCCAUCCUGCAGAUGACCAAGACCUACGCAAAGAAAACAAGGAUCUGCUCAAGGGAAACCAGAAGCUCAAGAUACUCAUGGCAGAGCAGAACCAUUUUAUCGCCACCCUGAAACAGGACCGCAUCACCCCGUCCGGCUUUAAGCUGAUGGACUGUGACGUAGAGCAAGGAUGGAAGGGAAUCGCGUUCGAGAUUAGCAACUUUGUUUUUCAGGUCCUCACCAAGAAGCCGUACGGAGACCAGGCACCUCCAGGAGCGAACCUGAAAGACGUCGAAGCACUCAAGAAGCAGCAGAAGAAGAACAUUCACGCGGCACCUUUCCAAUUCCAGCGUUACAUUUGGUUGCAUCUCGUCACGGACAUCUUCCAGGCUGGGAAGGCUACCUGGGGAGGUCCCACAGGCAAUGCGUUCCAUCGCUAUUGUUUGGACAUAUCUGAAAUUGACUUUGACGGCAUGACGCAGCUGAGUACAUUCAAGUCCAGUCAAGCCGAGCUACUGUCCAAGUCAUUCGAUGACCAUAACCGCGAAGAGGCCAAGAACAUUGCACGGGAGAUGGCACUGACUCUUGAAAUUUUCAUGGAUCCCGAUGAAAUGAGAGAAAGAGCAAGCCCGAAGAAGCGUCUUUGGCAUAUAGUUCGCAAAGCACUAGUACACGACGAUUGGGAAUGGGAUGACCUCGAUAUCCGUUACUACACGGGAGAGGCAGGCGGAGUCAAGAACGUGGGUGUUGAAAUUUCGCCCCGACUUAGGAAGAUUGGAAACGCCGAUGGCCAUCAUUUUGACGAAGCACUGGAGAUGUGCCAGCCCAUGGUGACGGUACAUCUCUCAUGA